AUGGCGCUCCAACGCAAGGGUUUCUUGGAAGCUGAGCCCUUCGAGCAUGAGGCGAGUGGGAUUGCACGCGUUGCGGUCGAAGACCUUAACGCGAAUCAACAAUUGGGCUACCUGGAGACACUUUGUCUCGCGAAUCCGACCGUUCCCUACGAAGAGCGAGUUGUGAAGGAGCUUGGCCAGGUAUCUGGCAACAGGCAGAACAGCUGCAUCAAUGCCAAGACUGUCAACAAGGAUUACAUACAGCAGAUGAAGAAAGCCAACGCUCCUUCCCGGGCCUCAGUGGCCGGGCAGCCAGGCUUCAACUACAUUCUGGACGAGGGGCUGCUGGAGUUUGGAGCUACGUCCACGUUGCAGGUGUCGACCCGCUUCAACAUCCGUCAAGCGGGCUUGAAGCGGGAGAACACUGACCAGGCAAUGGCCUGCGGUUUUGUCGUUGGACCUGUAAGCGCCUCCUUCUCCAUGUUCCGCCGCGAAGUGCUGGGAGAGGGCGAUGGCGAGGUGAAGAGCCUGGGAGAGUUUGAAAUGGCCGUGUUGCGGGCAUCGGGCAGCAAUUCGGUGCUUUUGUGGGAUGAAGCAAAGUCGUUGACUGUGGAACAUGGAGACACCCACCUCAUGGAAUUCUGGGAGGACGUUGCGUUUUGGGGUCACGACGCAAAAGAGCAAAAGGAUGUAAACGAAGAGGACGUAAAGAAGCUCGCCUUCGACUGGAUCAGAGGAGGCCCUCGCCGAGUCUGCAACUAUUUGCCGAAGUGGCGCACGAUGUGGUACAAGGAUCUCACGAAUGCGGCCUCGCAUCCAGUUUGCACAUACCACAAGGAUGUGAAAUUCGAGAAGGGUUGGUUGCUAUUUUCAAGCCUGAUGAGCAAUCCCGUGUCUUCCCAGCCGUGCAUCGAUGACGCUAAGCUUGCUGUGAGAAUGGAUCUGUUCCUUUAUGAAAGCAAGAAGUUCGCAUGGCUUGCAUGGCGCAUCCUUGACAGCACCUUCUACAAGCGCUUGGAGCUCAAGGAGCCCUUGGACGAAGAAGGAGUCAUUCCACCAGGAAUAGUCGGCACCUUAAUCAAGCUUCCGGAGCCAAGCGAUGGCUUCGGACAGAUUCCGAUUACGACGUCUACUGUGCGCGUGGUGAGAGCAGCCACCGAUCUUGUAGAACUUUGGACGACUCGUUCUUGGGUGCGGCUGCAGGUCAGCUUUCAGGUGCUGGGCUUCUGGGCCUCCGCGACAAUGUGCAGCACCUUGGUAGUGGAGACACUCGUCCCCAGUAGCUCUGAGCACCUCGCAGAGACUUCCUGGUACUGCUUCGCAAGUUUUGUUGCUGCCACUAUCGUGUUGAUUUGGUUGGAGGUGCGUCUGUCUCUAUGCUGCGAGCAGGGACGGAAGUUGUGUUAUACUCGAACCUUCGGCCUGGCUCUGGCGCUGAGCUGCCUCGAAAAGUAUGACGUUUACAGUGACCUGAACUUUGUAGCCGUGGCUCGAAAACAUCGCGCAGAGCCUUGGGUUUGGAAGAUCAGCUUCGGCAUCGUUGUCGUCGGUGUUGGAGUCAUGCAGCUGCUCCCUUCGCUGUUGCUGCUAAGUAGCUGCCUAUCCAGUCGUGUGGCACAGUUGGGCAUUCCUCGGGACUUCUCACUUCUGACUCGUUUCUCCGGCAUGCACCUGCUCAUGCAAAGCAUCAGCUCGUGCGAUGGACUCCCUCAGGCAGUCUUUGGGGCUCGGGCCCGGCCAGAUGCUGAAUGUGACGGGUCACACGUGGAGGAGAUGGGAGCGAAGCUCGAGAAGGAGCAGAGAACACUGGCCCAGGAGGCGGAAGCCCCUGAGUCUGCUCAAGCGUUUGAUGUCACAAGUCCAACCCCAACAGAAACUGCAGGCUUCCAUUUGCCACAGCAGUACUGCGAUGUGCCUCAUUGGGAUGAUGCUUCAAGCAAUGAGCUUCAGAGGAAGAAAGACCUGGCCAGAGUCAAGAGAUUCGUCGGAGCGGUGCGCUUUGCUUGCGAAGAUCUGCUGCAAGGUGUCAUGCAGCUUUUGUUCCUGGCGGCCCGCUGGCCGGACCUGGAAACUUUCGAGAAAGUGCAGGUCAUUGCGAGCGUCCUGUUCGGCAUUGCUUCGUCAGCUCUCGGCCCCUUCAUGGAAACACGUGAGCUGAUUGCACUUUCCAGGAAGCUCAGAAGGCAUGAUGCUUGGUUGGCCUUCGGUGGUGCGAUCUGCAACGACAUCCGCAAGGUGCAGCAGGAGCACGGGGGCGGAGGCCAUGUUCGCAAUCUCCGGUUCGAUAAGCCCAUGCGCAUCGUUGGAUCUGUCGAUGUUGAUCAGCCGGCUGAAGUUCUCCACAACGGUACACGCGUGCGUGUCAGGGAGGUCAUAAAGGGCAAAGUUGAUCUCGCACCUCAGUCAAGUUACCCGAACGCGAUUACGCAGCUGAUCUUGGUGGUUGGUGAUGCUGGUGGUGGCGUUGUGCAUUUGGAAGGCCUGUACGACCGCUGUCCAGGCCGCAAUCCAGGAGUGCGGGAGCAUCGGUUCGAAAUCAGAGCCCCCGACAAGCCAGGAACCUACACGAUCGCAUGGGUACAGGAUCUGGAGAUGUCCAUGGCGAUAUCUAUGCGGAAGGUCAAGAAUGUGAGUGCCGACAAGAUUCAAGGAUACAUCUUCGUCGUAUCUGAUUAG